AUGGUGGGUAAUGAGGACCAGCCUCGCGCAGUAUCGCCCCCCGCGAUAACGGGGGACCUGAAGCCCACAGUCCGGGCCUCACAGACCUUUCCUGGCUCGGCCACUUCGGACGUCGCGUCGGGGUCGAGUAAUAGUCAGCAUGAUGCACAGCACACGUCUCGUCGGCUGGCUGGUAGCCCUCUCGCCAGAAACUCGACCUCGCAGACUCUGCACGAGACCCAGACCGAAGCAAGCGCCAUAGACCCGUUGUCACAACACAUCAUCCAGCGCACGAAUACCCAAAAGUCGAUUCCCCUGAAACUGCUAGGCAGAGCGUCAUACGAAGCGGAGGCCGGGGGCCCAGAGUUCAGCCCAUCGGAGCCGGGUGUUGCCCGGGGAGAGACAGUUCCAAGCCCCAAAUCUCCCAAGGAAAAGAAAAAAGGGGUCUCUUUCUUGAGUCGGAUCAUCGGGUCUAGGAAGAAAGAGCCGCUUUCUGAAGCGGAAGAGGAGGGCUCGGAGCCCGAUGCCCGCAUGUCUGUCGAUACUUCGCAUCCAAUUGGAUUCAUCCCCCGACAUCCUGCCCCGUCCAAGUACCUGAGGGUUCGGACACACUACAAGAAGGACAAGAACUUCAACCGCGUCUUUCUUGCUCAAGAGCUCGAAGGCGCGGGUUCUAAGUCCAGCGUCACCGAGAAGCGGCUUUCGGCGUCCUCCGCUGCAGCGCGAAAUGGAGAAGAUACGGGGAGAGCAAUUUGGGCCCUCGUGUUUUCCAAGGACGGUAAAUAUCUGGCGGCUGCGGGCCAGGACCGAAAAGUCCGCGUGUGGGCAGUCAUUACCUCCCCCGAGGAGCGAGAGGCGGCGACUCAAGAAGAAGACGAACCCCCCACCGAUGAACAGGAUUCUCCCCGAUUCAAGGCCCCCGUGUUCCACGCCAAGCCGUAUCAAGGCUUUGAAGGACACAGGGGGAGCAUCCUGGAUUUGAGUUGGAGCAAGAAUAACUUCAUCCUUUCGUCGUCAAUGGACAAGACCGUGCGGCUGUGGCAUGUGAGUCGGCCUGAAUGUCUGUGCUGCUUUCAGCACAGCGACUUCGUCACCUCGAUCCAGUUCCACCCUCGUGACGACCGAUUCUUCCUUGCCGGGUCUCUUGACACCAAGUUGCGUCUGUGGAGCAUCCCGGAUAAGAGUGUGGCCUUUGUGACCGCCGCGCCCGACAUGAUCACAGCGGUGGCAUUUACGCCGGAUGGGCGAUAUUCGAUUGCUGGGUGUCUCAAUGGUCUUCUCACAAUCUAUGACACCGAGGGCCUGAAAGUAUCAUCUCAGAUCCACGUUCGAUCGGCCCGUGGCCGCAAAGCUAAAGGUAGUAAAGUCACGGGCAUUGACACGAUGACAACCCCCCCAGACGAUCCCAACGGCGAUAUCAAAUUGCUAGUUACCAGCAACGAUUCUCGCGUCCGCCUUUACGAUUUCCAAGAGCGAGUUCUCGAAGCCAAAUUCCGCGGCAACGAGAACACCUGCAGUCAAAUCCGGGCCUCUUUUAUGGACGAUGGGAAGCAUGUAAUUUGUGGGAGUGAGGACCGCAGGGCCUAUGUGUGGCCAAUUGGCCCCGUGGAGCGCGAUGCCGACAAACGAGCUGUCGAAGUAUUCGAAACGCAGUCCGCCAUGGUGACGGCCGCAAUCUCGGCGCCGACCAAAACGAAGGAGGCUUUAGGGCUGUCCGAAGACCCGAUCUAUGACAUCUGCAACCCGCCUCCCGUGGCCCUGAUGAGCCCGGAACAGUCGGCAGAGAUCUCCAAACAGGCGACGCCGACCAAAGAGAAUGGGAGCCACCAACGCUCGGUGUCCGCACCGCGCUUGUCGAUCGUCAGAAAGAUGGCACACGAAUCCCCGUCGUACCUAUCGCGGUCGCGGCACCCAGACGGGAAUAUCAUCGUCAUCGCCGAUUACUCAGGGAAGAUCAAGGUGCUGCGUCAGGACUGUGCGUACCACAAGCGCCGGUACGAGAACUGGAACGCCAACUCGACCAUCUCGCGGCGGAUCCUGCGGCGCUCCAACUCGGCACGCCACAGCAUCGCAUCCUCGAUCGGCAAGGAGUCGGCGCACAAGACUCCGUCGGAGCGCAUCAUAUCCUGGCGAAACUCUGUCAUCCGCCACGGCCGCUCCAGCACCGAGGGCUCGCGGUCUGGCCUCCGCACGCGCAGCCCGUCUCCGCACCGGCCGGCCACCCUGCGCCUGUCCUCAUCCCGGCCCUCAAGCAUGGGUCCCAACGAGUCCCUCUCUACUUUCACCUCGCCGCCACCGUCUCCGCGCAGAGCUCGCAUUAACAGUGGGCCAACGAGCGAGGAAACAGGUGCGCAGAGCAGCCAUGGUCCGCAGAACGGCUAUGGACCAGGUGCGGCGCCACCCGACCCCCGUCGUCUUCCCCCGUCCUCGGCGGAUAUUGUGGCCAGCGGCAAAGGUAAAGACAACCCGCUAUGGCUCCAGGGCGAUCACAGCUACGCAUACUGGAACAAGAUCACGCAUGAUGCCCUGGCAGCACAAUCCCGGAAACAGACCAAUCUUCUCAGCCCGGACCGGAUACCGUCUGGGGAGCGCAAGCUGAGCACCACCGGCAGUGUCUUGAGCAGUGACUAUGGUUCAUCAACGGGCGAGGGCGAUGGGGAUGUCCUCAAGUGUGAUCACUGCGGCGGCUCCAGUUUCCGGGGUGUCAAGGGCCGAGAUGGGAAGCAGAAACUGAUCUGCGCUCAAUGUCACCGGCCUGUUUCUUGA